AUGAGUAGUAGAAUAAUUACGAUAAUUAAACAUAUUAUUACAUAUAUAUUUAAAUAUAAUCAGUUUACAAAUGAAGGAUUAGAAUAAUAUUAAAACAGCUAUUGGAGACUUGAUAUGUAUUGGCUUAAAAAAAUGAAUAAUUGAUUUAACAAAAGGAGUAUUCGUAUUAUUUCUAUGAUAUACAGCAUUUUCAACAUCUGACCCAGAAUAUAUUUGAUAGAUUCACAGAUUAAAUGCAACUCAAGGACAUUAUUUGAUAAAAUAUGGUUAUAAUUAGAGAUAGGAGAUCC